AUGCUGGUCCUCCGCGGCCCGUCAGGCUCGACCACCCGUCUUUUCCUCCUCCCCAACAACAGCCGAGAAACCACCAAGCGGUGGCUGUUCGCCUCCUCAGAUCAGUGGUUUGUUGUCAAAGAAAAAGUCUUUGAUAGAGCCUCGAACUUCGCCCUCAGCAAGCCUGAGGGCAGUCACAAGGAUGAUGACGAGAAUUACAACAACAAUGAGAAUAACGGCACCGACAGUCCCAACAAUGAAAACACGAUCCACAAAAGCGACACCGAUGAUAGCGAUCAUAGCGUAUUGAAAGAACCCGAGAAGCACAAAGAGCCAACCACCGUACCAGCAAACCUCUGGAAAGUUGCAGAAGAGCAACUGGACGAAAAAAGCCGCAAGUGGCUUCUGCUGAACCGGGAGGAACACACUACCGACUCUGUCGAGGAAGCGCUUGCGAAAGUCAUCAGCGAGGUCGAAGACAAGUACAAAGAUCAUCAGAAAGGUGGUCUACGCAUCCGGGAACGCGGCGACGGCGCCGGUCGAUUCGAUGUCCGUGGGUCGGCGAAGAAGGUUCUCGUGUCGGUGCUGCAGGUCCAGGACCUGAUUAAGACUGUUGCUGGGUUUGAUCCCACUGGCCAUGCGUCCACUGCAUGGUCCGUUGUCUCGUUUGGGCUCACGCUCGUUCGGAACGAUAUCGAGCGGCGAGACGCAAUCAUGGAAGCAUCGGAGUUCCUCGCCAAAGUCCUAGCUUAUCAUAGUAUCAUUGACCACAACUAUCGACAGGGAGAUAUACCAAGCCCAGCAAGACUCGGGGAUGCCCUUGUAGAUUUGUAUGUUGCCGUUCUCCGCUAUGCAGCGGAAGUCCAAAGAACGAAGGAGGAAAAUAUUGUUAAACGGGCAGAAGGUAUAUUGAUGCGUAUUGAGGAGAUGGCUAAGCAGGUGCACAGCAUUGAUGUCAGGACCAAUGGUUUUCUUACUCUAGCAUACACAACCAAACUAAGCAGAAUCGCUCACCUGACACUGGAGUAUGGUUUGUGGACUCAAGCGACCUAUACCAAGAGUGGAAGUCCACACCUGGACAUCUUCUUUGGCUGCAUGGUGCUGUGGGCUGCGGUAAAUCGGUCCUUGGAGCAUGGAAAGCAUGAUUCGAUGUCUCAUACGUCAAAUAUGCCCCAAGCCCCUUCCAAAGUCGAUUCGGACAGUCUGGGAAGAUCAUCGAAGGAACCGAGACCCGGCUGGGACGGUCUUUUGGACAUCCUCGAUGAAGUUAUAGAUUCAUCAUCAGCAGAUGUCUUCUUUGUAUUUGAUGCUCUAGACGAAUGCCCUGCCGAGAUCCGAGAACGGCGUCUCUUAGCUUUCUUAGAUGGCCUGACGAGAAGACAUGCGACCAAGCUUCAUCUGCUCGCUACAAGCAGACCAGAGCCUGAUAUUCAUGGGAUCUUGAUGCAACACAAAUCAUUCGGACUCGAAGAUACUUUAGGCGACGAUGUGGAGAGGUUUGUGCAAGAAAAGCUAAAGACUGGGAAGCUGAGCAGAUGGGAGGACUCAAUCCUUGAAAAAAUUAGGAAACAGCUGCAAGAUGUGCCAGAAAGGCGAUUCCGCUGGGCUGACCUGCAGAUAAAGCGUCUUGAAAAAUGCCAUAUACCACAAGACAUCGACGAAGCACUGGCGACAAUUCCUGACACCCUGGACGCGACAUACCAAUCAAUCCUUGAAAAGGAGAUCAGGCCCAAGUACCACGAUGCAGUGCAACUAAUUCUCACUUGGCUUACCUUCUCCGUGAAGCCAUUGACUCAGGAAGAUGUCGCACAUGUUGCCGGAUUUCCAUCCCCUGAUAGUGUGAUCGAAAUAUGUACAACCCAACUGGUGACUUUGAAUACAUCAGAUGGGACAAUCACAUUGGCCCAUUUCUCGGUCAAGGAGUUCCUACUUUCUGAGCGCACAUCGAAGGUGGCUAAAUGGUAUCACAUGUCCGAGAUACUCGGGCAUCGUGCAAUACUCAAGCAGAUAUUCUCCCACCUUCUCGCAGCAGAUGAUUUGUCAACAAGGGCUGCAAUGGACAAUCCAUUGCUUUCUUACAGCUUUGAGAACUGGUCCAAUCAUCUGAAGAGGCUGGAGAGCAUCUCACCUUACCCUUCGCCGGAAUUAUAUCCAAUGAUCCUGGAACUCUUUACCAUGCGUGCUGAUUUUCUGGAUAGAAUGAGUUGUGUUCGAAAAGUACCGGUCCUCGGAACAAGCGAUAAUGUUUGCGAAGUCGAGUCACCAAUCAAGCUGGCUAUCCUGUUUGAUUUGGUACAUUUAGUGGAUCUUUUGCUCCCAUGUAGGCUUGACACCAUAGCUGAACGCACCGUUGUAAGAUUCUCGAUGGAAGAAGCGUUGGUUCUUGCGACUAUGCUCAGUAGAUCUUGUUUGAUACUGCUGUUGCAACGCGUUAUCAUGAUCUCAGACGAGGACGCAAGGAAGAUUAUUAACGGGCUCUAUUCUGAAAACGUCGAGAAGAGGAAACUCGAGCUCCUCAUAGGCCUGCUCUGGAACAUGGGUGCGCUGUAUGGUGUUAAUGAGGGCAAUUGUGUCCAUCCAGCCGUCCGCCAAGCCAUGGCGCGGAACAAAUAUUGUGGGGAUGCGCUUCUGGAAAUAUGUCUCAAUCGCAUGGACAAGGAAAUAUUUCCGAUAACGGAGAAGUUCAUGAAGGCUGUGGUAUAUAAUAAGAGAUGUGGCGAUAAGGUCCUCGAAAUCUUGCUGCGGUUACGAAAGAACGAGAUCCAUUUCACAGAGCCGGUAAUGGACAUUGUGGUAAAGAGAAUACAUCGCAAUCCGAGGCUGGCAACUCUAGUUCUGGAAAACAGAGACAAGAUCACUUGUCUGAGUUCCCACUAUGCUGAGGUCUUGCAAAGAGAGCCGGUCCUGAGCACUUGGAAUUGGCUCUUGCGGCGUACGGCCGGGUUCGCGGUCUCAGAAAUGGUCCUUAUUGAAGCUGCAUCGAACAACAAUGAAGACGUGAUGCAGUUGCUUAUGAACAACGGAGGCUUGCAAAUCCCGAUGCGUGAGGAGUUAAUGGUUACGGCGGCGAGCAAUAGAUUCGCAGGCUUAUCUGUGCUUCGAUACCUCCUCCUGCUUGGGCCCAAGCUUAGGGUGUCUCCGCGUGUACUUGAGACAGCCGCAGGAAACCCGUGCAUCUCUAGUGAGGAUUUUGGUCUUGUCCUUGACAAUUUCGAGGAAGCAAAAGUACCGGACAGCGUUUUUGUUGUGGCUUACGCGAUCGCUGAUAAUAUGAAGUUACUAUUGGACCGUUCAGACAACAAUGCCCCAAUGAGAGGAAUUAUCGACAAAAGGGGCUCGGAGAUCGAAUUGAGGGCCUGUGACACACUUCGACUGUUUCUUGAUCGGCAAAUCCUUGUCGUGGACGAAUGGGUUGUUGGAACUCUUGCCGGCAACCGUCUUGUCUUUGAAUUGUUGACAGAUAAUGUUCCUCAAUUCCCAAUCAACGAAAGAGUCAUUGAAGUGGUAAAGGAUGCAACGAAGCGGAUUCAAGGAGUACUCAUGGUUCUGCUAGAGCAAAAGCGAGAUCUCGACUACCAGGGGGUUUUUGAGGAACUCUGGAACGAGUGGAAUUCGGCGUCCAGUUCAAUCAAGCGCGAGACACUCUGCACCCUGCUAGGGUAUUGCGAUGUCGAGAUCGCCGAGGGUAUGGUCGCCAGCAUUAUGGCUACUCCUGACCCAGAGAAGGGAGGUAGGUUGAUCGAGCUUCUUUACUUCGCCAGUGAAAACGACGUCCCGUUCUGCUCGGAGGCGAUGGAGCUCAUUUGCAGUAUACAAUCUGCGGAGGUCGACCAGUGGCCUUGGGGAAGCAUGUACACCAUCCCGGAAUUUCAGAGGGGUUGGGAAUACGGUGAAGAGGAAUCCCAGAUUGGAUAA